GGUUGCUCGGAGGUGGCCGAGCUGCAGUUCAACACCACUGUCCAUGUUUCUGUGGGGUUGCGGCGGUGGUUGCCAUGACAGCAUAGUUGUCAAACUCCCCCAUUGCUUUCGUUUAUUGACAAAUCUUUACAAAUCAGUCGUCUACUUUUCUGUUACACAUUUAAGAUUCCUCGGUCAAUCGUCUCUUUGUAGAAGAACAUGCAACAUUUUCUCGAUCGGACAAGGAGCAUUCUCAAGUGUCGGUGUCUCCGUUCAAAUGUUUCAGCAUGGAAGUUUGUGUUCCUGUACACGGUGUAGUGUUGCGAGGGGAAACAAGAGUGGCUGAUAAGCUUGUUAGUGCUCAUCCGUUUCAUGCAGUGCGAACUAUGAUACUGCAGUACAACUGUUUUGAAAGGCUUGUACAAUUGCAUCGCGUUUUGAUUUUACUCCAGUUGAAAUGGGGACGUUUGUAACGGCUGCUGUUGCGUACGGCGAGGAAGAAGAUGAGGAGGAAUAUGAAUCUGAGCAUUUGCCACCUCUCUUAGAAGAUGAGGAGAACGUGUCCUUGGCGGACAUCCUGUCGUUGCGAGACAGCUGUCUGUCAGAGGAGGAUGUGCUGGCCGUGUGUGUGGAGUGUGUGUGCUCGCUGCAAGGCAUCGCGCUGUCGCCACUCUUUCACACCCUCUGCCUCACGCCCGACACGCUGGCCUUCAACGCCCACGGCAACGUGUGCUUCAUGGAGCAGCUCAGCGAUGAUCCAGAGGGCUCGUUCGUGCCUCCAGAGUUCGAUAGAACUGGGAGUACAUUUGAGGGCCAUGUGUACUCGCUGGGCUGCACCCUCCGCGCCGCGCUGGACUUUGUCAUCGAGCCCGAGCUGAAGGCGGAGCUGGGGGCGGAGACUAAGAGGCUACUGGAGCAGAUGCAGCAGGAGAGUCCUGAGGACAGGCCACGCCCCCAGGACAUUCUUUCUUUAGGAGAGCUCAGACUCACAUCCAGCUCAUCACUGACCAUCUGUCGCAAGCUGUCUUCCAUCGGAAGAAGAGUCCUGUCCAUCGAAUCAGUCGCAACGCUUCAAGAUAGAUGGGAGACAUCUUGGGAGAGUCACUGGAGGCAGGUGAAAGCCUGCCAGCUGUUCUCAGAGCAGUCUUCAGCGGACAGGUGCAGUGGUUUGAUGGAGAACCACAUCAGUGACUGGGGAGCCGCAGGAAGUUGUGCCGACGACGCCCAGGAAGACGACGUCGAUGACGACGACGACGACCAGCCCCUGCUGCAGUACCACUGCUCCAGGCCCUCUUCCUGGAGGCCGGCGGCGGAGAAGGAGAACUCUGACAAUGGCCUUCUGGGUAGAGAAGCUGGGGCACUUGAGGGAGCGGAGGCGUUCCAAACUCAGGGCGACAGCAGGUCCCAGAACAGUUCCCCCGUGCACUGCCGGGCCCCGGCGAGGAGGAAGCAGCCCUGGGCGGUCCUCAACCGCUCCUGGUCCGUCCCGGACUCCAACAACCUGCCGCCGGCGGCGCUCUCCCCUCCCCCGCACCCUGACAUCAGCUCCCACGUGGACGACCUGACGGAGAUCGGGGCGGAACAGCCCAGCUCGGCCCGUCCCCUGAUCUGGAACAAAGCGCCGCAGAGAGGGUCCGCAUCCGCCCCGCCCGAGGAGAACUCCGGCCCGGAGGUGUCGCGCGUCUGCACUCACACGCCCUCUGACACAAGCGGAGAUGGAGCAGUAGAUGACUGGUCGGAGCAGGAAGCCGAAGGUGAUCAGACCUCUCCUUCCUCGUCGAGCACGGAGACCGAGAGGAACAACGGCAUGUACAGCUCUAAUAACCACAUGACUAAAAGCAUGCUGUGCCUCAACGAGGAAUCUCAGGAUGAGUGGGUCUCCCUGAGGGAGCUCCUCUCGCGCUGCUCUCGGCCGCUCUCAGUGAAGGAGCUGUGGGCUUUGUGCUACACCUCUCUGGCUACUCUCCAGACGUACAUCGACUUCCCAGCUUAUUUGUGCCUGGAUACUGUGUACGUGGGCUGUGAGGGUGAAAUUCUAUUUCUGAAACCUAAAAACACAGGAUCCUGUGAUGCCUUUUAUUUAGCGCCAGAAUAUUUGGAGCAUGGCAUUGUGACAGAAAAGGCGUGUGUGUAUGGGGUAGCUGCCAUCCUCUGGGCAACAGCCAAGUUCAGCUUGUCCCCUCAUCACAAACUGGCCAUGCCCAGAAAACUCAAGAGGCUUCUCCUGGAGAUGGCCAAAAGGACUCCCAUCGAGAGGCCUACAAUUGUUAUGGCAAAGAAGAGCUGUCGUGAUUACCUGUCUCGCCAGGGCACAACGGCAGAGGCUGUGUGGACCCAGCUCAUCGACAGAGUCCACAAAUCACCCAGUGGCAGACCUGGAGAGGCACACAGCAGUUUGGGCAGAGGUCAGAGGUCAGAGCCAGAGGUCAAAGCGGCCUUCAAGCCCAUAGCCAGUGAAGGCCGCCUGGCUCCAGUCUCGGGCCCCCUUCCCCAUAGUUACCCCAUCUCCAUGGCGACGCAUCUGCCUGAAGCUUUCACCUCUCCUGCCACCCACUUCACCCCCAUCGUCCUGGUGCGGAAUGAGCGCACAGACCAGGAGCCACCUGUGGCUGACGCUGGCUCUGAGACAACCACAAAUGGAGUUCUGACGAGAAGUGACAGUUCAUACCUGGGGGGCCCCGAUGUGACAGCGACCCCCCCACACGCCUCAGGCUCACCCCUCGCUGAUACAGGCACAGACCAGAAACAGGCUGACAGAGGCGGAGCUUCCUAUACCGUUGCCGGGGUUACGCAAGAUGACCACUCCUCCUCCUCCUCCUCCUCCUCAAGUAGCCGGACUCUUGUCUCUUCUGCACCUCCAGAUCACCAUCUCAUCGAUUCUACACCUCCAGCCAAUCAGGAUAGUGACGCACAGGUUGCUGUUCUGCCCAGCAGCUGCCUGUCUGUGUUUAACAACUUCCUGCUACAGCAGGACCUUCAGACAGGGAGGAUCACCCUUCUGCCUGUGCAGAUCGCCACAGCACAGACUUUAACAGGACCCCACCUUUCCUCUCUGCCCUUAUAUGCAGGGUCAAUUCAAGGUCAAAUAUCUGAUCAACACAUCUCGGACGCUAUCAGCGGGUCUUCGAUAAAUGCAACCGGAUGUCCCUGCACAGCCACAUCUCAUCGUCAGACCGAAUCCUCUCCAGCCUGCUCAAAUGCCCCCACCCCCCACGCUCAAACAGGAAGGCCACAGGUGAAGGCCACACCGAGGCACCAUCAGCCACACCCAUCAUGGUCCACCCCCCGCCCAACACACUGGCCCUCUCUGCAGCAUGUCAUUGGCCUGAUCCGGGAACAGUUCGCCUAUGACGGCUACCUGGAGAAUGGAGUCCAGGACUUGGCCAUGGGGGAAUACAUAUUCUCCCUGAGGGAUCUGCAGUUUGAAACCUUCUGCCGUGUCAUCGCUGAGAAGUUCCCUGACCUGUACUGGGAAGAGGAACUCCUGGUCAUGCUUCAUUGUGCUGUCAAUCACAACCUCCUGUCUGUAGCAUCUAAUGAACCGGCCCCAUCAAAGGCGGUGGAAAGGGCAGCCCUAUCACCCCAGAGUGCAGGGUGGAGAGACCACAGACCCCAGGCGGAGCGCUCCCCCCUCGACCACGACGCCAACCGGCCCUUGGCUCUCUCCCUCAACGGCCCAGCGAUAGACCUGUCAAAGCCGCCACCGAACAGGGAGGCGGUGAAAACGACUGACCUCAGAACAGCAGACAGCACGCUAGCACCUAAGAGCGCUGAAGAGACCACAACGGCUCCAUGUUUGCAGGGAGGAACAGUAGAAGUGACAUCAGAGGAGAGUAGGGGGCAUGGUGGCACAGUGGAGGUGAGAGGCGUUGGGGGCUCACUCGGGGGGCUCAUGGAGGGCGCGGGGUCUCCUGCUGUGGAAGCCUCUGAUGAAAGCCCGUCUGAAGCCGAGCCCCUGAGCCCAUCGGAGGGCUGGGAGGACCUCGGGUGUCCGGGCGGCCCGGGCGGUCCAGUCGGUCAGCUCGGCCCCAGAGAUUCAGGAUCGGGCCAGCUGUACCACGACUCGUCUGUGGAUAUGGAGGAUGCCGACUCGCUGUGCUCCAACAGCCUCGGGGCCCCCGGCCUCACGAGAGGCCCCCAGGGGCUCUGCUGCCACAGGCCCGCCUGGGCUCUUGCCCUCCACGGAGAGGACUGCUUCGGCCAGGAGGUGGUGAAGUACGCAGGGCAGCUUGGACGUCACGGCAACGGCAAUGGGUCUCCGAGUCUGGACAACAAAACACAGGAACUUCAACAGCAGAUGACCAUAGAGACCAGAAACAUGAGGAAGACCAGAAAUUUUCAUCACAAGUUAGUUCAACAAGAAAGGAAAAACAAAGGAUCAGAUGCAAAAGUUAUGCUGUCAAAACUGAAGAUUCAGUUUGAGGAGCUGCAGAUGAAAGUGGAGUUUCUAGAUACUGUGAGAAAGUACCUUGAGGUGCUGUGUUUGGACCAGCAGGGUGUGGAUGUGGCUCUGCUGCCUUCUCUGGCCAUGACAGGCUCUGGGGGUCUGGAGCUCUGGCCCCAGGAUGACCCAGCUCUGCUGACUCUGCUGCCCGAGGCGAGGAGGGGGAAGGGAGGCUUGGCAGGCAGCGGUAGCGGCCUCGUUGUGUCAGGGACCCCGCUGGGCCUCAUGUCCUACCUAUAUGCCAGAGACGCUCACAUUGAGGGCUACAUCCAACAGUUCCUGUACACAUAUCGUUACUUCUGCAAACCUGAAGACCUUUUGCAGUUUUUAAUGGAUACCUUUAGGAGAGUGGCAGGUGAAAACCAUGACGACCCAUCCUCCGAUGCCACUAAGGUGUUCAACCGAACGCUGGACCUUCUGCACUGCUGGGUGGAGGACUGCCAACUGGUGGACUUCCCCUCCAAAUCACGACUCCAGCAUACUCUCACCACCUUCCUCUGCUCUGAGGUGGCGCCACUGGACAGCCAAGGAGAGAGCCUCCUGUCUAUCCUCCAGGGCGGGCCGGAGAAGAGGUGGAGCCAGGGGGAACCUGCCCCAUGCUGGAGCCCAGACUGUGCUCUCGAGGACGGGGACACUCUGUGCAGGAGGUCGUCGGUUGAUGAAGGGGGCAAAAAGAGCUUCCAGUGGCGUGUGUCGCGCGUGGUGGAGCCUCAGCCCAAGGAGCCGGUGUACUCCAUCGCUGCGGUGCUGCCCCGGCCCUGCUACUCGUCCCUGCUGAAGCAGCUGGCUCCCUCUCCCUACCUCAGGGCCGAGGAGCGCCUGCCCUUCAGCCAGCAGCAGCACAGCGCACUGCACACCGCCCAGCAGCUCACACUGCUCGAGCAGGAGAUGUUCCAGAGCUGCCACCCUGUUCACUUCCUCAAUUCGAGAGCUCAAGGUGUCAGAGACAAGGCCGCUGGCGUGAGCAGAUGUGCGUCUUCUGAAGCUGGGCCUGCAGAGGGCGCCAGUCACAUCCUGUCCGAGGCCUCGCCACAGGAGUCACCUCUGCUUCAGUUGCUAAGAUACGCCAACAGCGUCUCCAACUGGGUGUCUGCCGAGAUCGUCAUCUGUGACUCUGUCAAGGCGCAGACUGCUCUACUCGCCAAGUUCCUCUCCGUGGCCAAGUGCUGCUACGAGUCCAGGAAUUUCGCUACAGCCAUGCAGAUCCUCACAGGCCUGGAGAAUGUCAUCAUCCGGCAAUUACCCGCAUGGAAACAUCUUAGUGUGAAAGUGUGUGGGAUUCUUGAGGACCUGCGAGCUGUUCAGGUGUUCCUGCGGAGCGACAGCCUGUGCCUGAUGGAGGGGGAGCGUCUGCGGGUGAAGCCCAGCCUCCCCGAGGCCCACGUCCUGGCCCUGCACCUCCAGCAGCUGGAGAUCGGAGCCUUCACGCUCACCAGCGGGGCCUACAAGUGGCCCAAGCUGAGGGCCAUAGCCCGGGUGGUAAGUCAGGUCAAUGCGUUCCAGGAGUUUCCAUACACCUACACCCUUGACCUGGAGCUCCAGGCCUACCUGCGUGUGCGCAUCUCUCGCCUGGGAUCCUGCGACGUGCCGCUCCUCGCCGCCGACAACGAGGCCAACUUCCACCAGCUCCCCAUCGACCGCCACUCGCGCCGCAUCCAUGAGACCCUGCGUCGGGUCAAAUCAACCUUCCAGUGAGGCCCCCUCCACGUGACCACUCUAUGCUCUGAAUUCCAUCUGGUCACAGUGGAGGUGGUUGUGUGUGUGUGUGUGUGUGUGUGUGGGGGGGGGGGGGGGGG